UCGUUUAUUCGCAUCCGGUCCUCCAUUUUCUUUUGGUCAUCAUCGCGUACCAUUGCGUUCAUUAUCGAUCUUAACGUUUUUAAAAAUUCUUAAACGUUUGACUCGUGUAUUAAAAGCGUUUGUUAGUCUGUACGUUAAACAAUAUUCUCAUAGUCCUUUCUUUUCGAGCAUCGUAAUUUGGAUUAUCGUGUGCUAAUGCGUGGUAUUUCAGAAAGCUCACCGACUCGCACAAUGGCGGAGGAUUUGGAUGUCGAGGCAAUGUUGGAGGCGCCAUAUAAGAAAGGGAUGGAGCAGGACUCCUCAUCCAAAGACAAAUCCUCCAAGGAGAAUGGGUCUAGCCGUAAAUCGUCUGGGAAAAACAAACACCGUUCCCGUUCCCGUUCUCGUUCACGAGACCGUAGGGAGAAAGAUCGUCGGGAUCGCGACAGAGACAGGGACAGAGAUCGAGAUCGCGAUAGAGAUAGAGAUAGGGAUCGCGAUCGCGAUCGUGAUCGUCGACGUAGGUCAAGAUCCAGAGAUCGAAGAGACCGUGACAGAGACAGAGAUAAUGAUCGAGACAGGGAUCGCCGAGACAGAGACCGCGAUAGAGACAGAAGAAGGAAACGGUCGCUUACCCCAAUCACACUUCCCAGGGCGAGACCACCAUUUGGGAAAGGUGUUAGCCCCCUUGGGAUUAGGAACGAUGAGUUGACACCGGAAGAACGCGAUGCCCGAACGGUGUUUUGUAUGCAACUAAGUCAACGCAUACGUGCUCGUGAUUUAGAAGACUUCUUUUCUAGCGUUGGUAAAGUUCAAGACGUUCGACUUAUCACGUGUAACAAAACGAGAAGGUUUAAGGGUAUAGCGUAUGUUGAAUUCAAGGAUCCUGAAAGUGUUACACUGGCGCUCGGGUUAUCGGGUCAGAAACUUCUCGGUGUUCCUAUAGUAGUACAACACACUCAGGCUGAAAAGAAUCGUAUGGGCAAUUCUAUGCCAAACCUUAUGCCAAAGGGUCAGACAGGACCUAUGAGGUUAUACGUUGGAUCUCUACACUUUAACAUCACAGAAGAUAUGCUUCGUGGUAUCUUUGAACCUUUCGGGAAGAUUGAUAACAUUCAGUUGAUAAUGGACCCAGAAACCGGCCGGAGUAAAGGUUACGGAUUCUUAACGUUCAGAAACGCUGAUGAUGCGAAAAAGGCUUUAGAACAAUUAAAUGGAUUCGAACUAGCUGGAAGACCAAUGAAGGUCGGCAAUGUUACAGAACGUACAGAUUUAAUACAAGGACCAUCACUUCUUGAUACAGAUGAACUAGAUAGAAGUGGUAUUGAUCUUGGUGCUACUGGAAGAUUACAGUUAAUGUUCAAGCUAGCAGAAGGUACCGGACUUGAAAUACCUCCUGCAGCUGCAAAUGCACUGAACAUGGCUCCUGUCAUGACGACACCACAGCCACCACCACAAGCGGCCCCACCUAUAGCAACACAAUGCUUUAUGUUAUCAAAUAUGUUCGACCCACAAAAUGAAACAAAUCCAAAUUGGGCAAAAGAAAUUCGCGAUGAUGUUAUAGAGGAAUGUAAUAAACAUGGUGGGGUACUACACGUGUACGUGGACCAAGCCUCUCCUCAGGGUAAUGUUUAUGUCAAGUGUCCAUCAAUCGCGACAGCAGUUGCAGCUGUCAAUUCGUUACACGGUAGAUGGUUUGCUGGCCGAGUAAUUACAGCCGCUUAUGUGCCAGUUGUAAAUUAUCAUUCGCUGUUCCCGGAUGCAAUGACUGCUUUGCAAUUAUUAGUUCCAAGCGCGCCGCGAAGAGGAAUGUGAUCUUAAACGAUGCAAAUAUAAAUUACAAAUUUGUAAAUUCUUAUAGUAUUACAUUGGUUCUUACUAAUACUACAAGGGAACUUUUGUUACUAUGAUAGUCAUUUGAAUACUAGUUUAAGUCAUAGAUGUAAAAUCAUAAAGUGCAGAAGAAGAAAAAAAGAAGAAAUGGUUACAUAAACUGCACGAUGUUUUUCAUAUGUUCAUAAAUACAAUCAUUUAUGUUGUUUUUGUUUUAUUAAUACUAUGAUUUUCUGUAAAGAGAUUGGUCAUAUUUAUUCAGUAUAAAAUUGUGAAUGAGUGUAUUCAACAUUGUCUUGACCAAUUAGUACGCGAUGACGGGACAAGGAUCAUCGUUGAUAUGUAUUUAGAUGUUUUAUUACUCUACGAAUAUGAAAUUCUUCCCUAAACAGUUUUCUGAAUGUAGUACAAUGAAUUAAAAAUGUUACGCGUAUCCUCCGCGUGGCAUUGUACUUUAAUGAAUGAAGCGUGAGUAAUAAAAAGAAAUUAAAUAUUGCUGCCUUAUUUGAUAAGUAUAUUAUAAUCAUCUAAUUAAAAAUUGUUAUCAUUUUUGUAAUGCCAUGAGAUGAAAUCAUUUUUAACGCUUCAUCUGUUAAAGUAAAAACUUCUCAGCAAAUUAUAAACAGAUUAGGAGAAUAAGUAAUUAUUAAGAUUCUUAUGCAAGACACCUGUUGAAAAGGAUUAUAUACACGCAAAGAAUGUAUUAUAGAUUUUUAAGUUCGUGAUUGUUAUGAAACAACACUUCUGAAAAGCAUAGGUGCAAAUUGUAUUAAUGGGCAACGCGUAUAAAAAAAAAACUUGAACAAGAAAAAGGGGUCUGCAGGUAACGAAUGUUUUUAAUAUUCACUUUUUUUUAUAAAAACAAUAUCAUAAGCACGUUUAAUAAUAUAUUAAUACUUUUCAAGAGCUAAUAAUUAUUAUGAAAUGAUCACACUGCAUGGUACUAAUUUUCAGUAUAUUUUUCAAUACAUAUGUGAUACAUAUAUUAUGUAUAAUGGCCUCAUAAAUAAUGGCUGUAAAUUGUUAAAUGAUUUACCAAUUUUCCAUACUGUAAAAUGUAGAUAAAAAAACCUAGGGUUUUUUUUUUAUUUGCAAUAAUAUUAUCGUAAAUAUUAGAAACAUAAGUUUAUGUCAGUUCUAUUUAGACAUAAAUUUCUAGCGUCUGGAAAUAUUAAUAAAAUCUUAAAUCUAAGAUUUUAAUUUUUCAGAAAACUUAUAUUUAUCCCUGCAGACUUCUAUAAAUCAAAAGCCCAUUAUUAUAAUCUGUGUAAAAAGUUUUGUAAAUUAACACCAAUCAUUAUAGACGUAAUAAUACUACAGUAACUUCGUAUUAUUGAAACAUGGGUGUAUACUUUGAUAAUUAUAAAUUAAAAAUUAAUGUGAUACUCGGUGGAAAUCCUGUUUUAGAAUACAAAUGUAAAUGCGCAAAUAUAUUUCUCUGACAUUUA